GCGCGGGGAGAGGGUAGCAACAGUUGCCUCGAGACCCGGCGCGAGGCGCCAUAGUGACCGUAGCCCUGGAGACUGUUCCUUGCCAACGGGAGCGGCGCGCAGCCCCGGCGGCCGGAGCGCAGCGCGGCCCGCGGAGCCCAGCGGGGAGGGCAGGGCAUCUGCCUUGGAGAGGUGUGUGCCGUAGUGCAGUGCUGUUGCAGUGCCCUGGAGGACCAUACCAGGAAUAGAUAAAUGCCAGAGGAACGUUCUACAAAGGGAAUGCUGAGAGCACCCUGCACUUGGAAGCCACCAGCUGCAGUGAUAAGCCUUGCUGUUAGGCACUGUGAAGAUGUGAAAGCCUCCUGACUGCCCAGCAAUCUCCAGAAGUUCUCUUGGGCAGCACUGUUUUCCAUGGCUAUAGCAAAACUUUUCUGAAGUCAAGAUUUAGCUAGCUAAUAGAAAGGAUGCAAGGACUUUCAAGCGCUUGUUGUCAGGGCUUUGCCAGUCUGAAAACUUGGAGCUGUGGAACUUUUCCUUAAGAACAAGCAUCUGGGGCUGUCACAGCCCUAACUGCUCCUCUGAACCCAGCUCCUUCUGAAUGCUGAGCAGGAAGGAUCUUCCACAGCUCCCAGAGCAGCUAAAAGGAACCUUGGAACUCCAUUUUCCUGAAGCAGAAAGCCGGGUGCAGGCAUAGAGACAUGCUCGUCCACAUCCUCAGUUCAGAGCCGCGUGGCAGCAGCCCACAGUUCCUCCAGCCCUGAGUUUUAUGGGCAAUGGGAAAAUAAAAUAUUUUCCUGAUAGGGAUUUCAGGGAAACGCCUGUUAUUUCUUGGAGAUAUGCUCUGGAGACAAGUACUACAGGAAUAAAGGAUGCUUGGAGGCAGGAAGCGAGCUGGGUUUGAUACAAGUAUUUGCCUUGAUUCUGCUCUGUGGUGGUAUAAUUCAUGUGAUCACGUUUUUAUUCACGUAACAUAAAAAUGUGUUAUUUCCAAAUAAAGACAGUUCCUUUCUGUGCUGUAGUUAAAACACAGCUAACGCCUUUUCAGAGCAAAUUAUUAAACAGAGACUAAACAAAAAAAAAAUGCUUAAAGAAAUGGAAAAUACUGGAGAAAACUUCAAAUAAAAUAUAUGUAGCAUAGAAGGUGGUAGAUAAAAUCAACAGUUGUUGUUCAUCUGCUAGAAUAGAAAGUGAAGAUCUGCUAUUUUCUGUAUCCCUUUUAUUAUUUUUGAACUGAGAGUCCUCAGUAGUGAAUAUGUUAAAAGUAGAAACCCUACAUCCUUUUUCUAGAGACAAAUUGGUAGAUAAACAGGGGAGUAAAUACCAUUUAGAGCUUGUAUAGAACUUGGUGGUUAAGUAAUGCUUUUAUUUCUUCUGAAUUCAGUUGUUGCCAUUCUGUUUUUCCUAUUUAUUCAAGCUCCAUGCCAGCUAAACCUGAAAAAAGUUCCAGAAAGCAAAUAACUAUUUUAAAUUGUAAACCUUCCCUUCAAAGUAUGCAGAAAAUGUACAAAAUCAACCAAACAGAAAAAAAAAGCAGAAACUUGGACUUGAAUUUCGAUCCAGCAAGUCAGUGCUAUGGCAGUGAGCAUGCAGAGUUCAGAGGGUGGAUCAGACUCAGCAGCUUCCGUGACACUUCAUCCUUCUGCAUCAGCCCAAGCUCCAGUGGUGCAGCCAGUGCCAGCCUCACAGCAGAGGGUUUUGGUGCAAACAGCAGGCUCUGCUCCCAAAGGAGCGCAGAUGCAGCAAAUCUCUGUUCCCAGAGUUCAGCAGGUUCCACAACAGGUGCAGUCCGUGCAGCAUGUCUAUCCAUCCCAGGUCCAGUAUGUGGAAGGAGAAGCUGUCUAUACCAAUGGAACCAUACGAACCGCCUACUCCUACAACACCGAAGCUCAGAUUUACGCCCCUAGCAGUGCAGCUUCCUAUUUCGAACCGCAGGGAGGUGGAGCUCAGGUGACUACAGCGGCAUCCUCUCCUACAGCCAUUCCCUCUCACAACAUGGUGGGCAUCACCAUGGACAUUGGGGGAAGUCCGAUCCUCUCCAGCUCGGGAGCCUAUCUCAUUCAUGGGGGGAUGGAAAACACUAGACAUUCUCUGUCACAUACUUCACGCUCCUCUCCAGCAACGCUUGAAAUGGCGAUUGAAAACCUACAAAAAAAUGAAGGGAUUACAUCACACAAAAGCAGUUUGCUCAACAGCCAUCUCCAGUGGUUGUUGGACAACUAUGAGACAGCGGAAGGCGUGAGCCUACCCAGGAGUUCCCUCUACAACCACUACCUGAGGCACUGCCAGGAGCACAAGCUGGACCCAGUGAACGCAGCUUCCUUUGGAAAACUGAUCCGGUCGGUGUUCAUGGGGCUGAGGACUCGCCGCCUGGGAACCAGGGGAAACUCCAAAUACCAUUACUACGGGAUCCGGCUGAAGCCAGAGUCCCCACUGAACCGCUUGCAGGAGGACACGCAGUACAUGGCCAUGAGGCAGCAGCCCAUCCACCAGAAGCAAAGGUACAGACCAGCUCAGAAGAUGGAUGGCAUGGCAGAAGCCGGUUCCAACAGCAGCCUGCACACUACUCCUGAGCAAUCAGUUGCUGCUCAAAGUCAGCACCAUCAGCAGUUCAUAGAUGUAACCCACGUCUUUCCUGAGUUCCCAGCCCCUGAUCUAGGUAACGUCCUCUUACAAGAAGGGGUCACCAUGAACGAUGUGAAAACUCUUCAGCUUCUUUACAGGAGACACUGCGAGGCAACUUUGGAUGUUGUAAUGAACCUUCAAUUUCAUUACAUUGAGAAACUGUGGCAGUCCUUCUGGAGUCCUAAAACACCAUCUAGUGAUGGCUCUGCUGCCCUGCCAUCCAGUGAAGAAGAACAUGAAGGGACCCUCCCAAAAGACAAGCUGAUCACUCUGUGUAAAUAUGAACCCAUCCUCAAGUGGAUGAGAAGCUGUGACCACAUCCUGUACCAGGCCCUGGUGGAGAUUCUCAUCCCUGAUGUGCUGCGACCGGUGCCCAGCACACUUACACAGGCGAUUCGUAAUUUUGCCAAGAGUUUGGAAGGGUGGCUGAUGAAUGCAAUGAGUGAAUUCCCCCCCCAGAUUGUCCAGACAAAGGUUGGAGUAGUGAGUGCCUUUGCACAGACGUUGCGGAGAUACACAUCCCUAAACCACCUGGCUCAGGCUGCUCGUGCAGUGCUGCAGAACACUUCCCAAAUAAACCAGAUGCUCAGCGAUCUCAAUCGAGUUGACUUUGCCAACGUGCAGGAGCAAGCCUCGUGGGUCUGCCAGUGUGAGGAAGGCAUGGUGCAGAAGCUGGAGCAGGAUUUCAAGCUCACACUGCAGCAGCAGAGCUCCCUGGACCAGUGGGCCAGUUGGCUGGAUAAUGUUGUUACUCAAGUCCUGAAGCAUCACGAGGGCAGUCCCAGCUUCCCCAAGGCAGCCAGGCAGUUCCUGUUGAAAUGGUCUUUCUACAGCUCCAUGGUGAUCCGUGACCUCACCUUGCGCAGUGCUGCCAGCUUUGGUUCCUUCCACCUGAUUCGCCUGCUGUAUGAUGAAUACAUGUUUUAUCUGGUAGAGCAUCGUGUUGCCCAGGCAACAGGGGAGACACCAAUUGCUGUAAUGGGAGAGUUUGGUGACCUCACAUCCAUGUCCCCAACGCUGCUGGACAAAGACCACAUCAGUGACCUGGGCAGCGAAGUGGACACGGAUUCCCGGAGCGUGGGGGAACCGCUCGUGAAGCGAGAACGCAGCGACACCGGGCACUCACUGCAGGAGAUCUGACACGGGGAUGUGGCUGUUCUCCAGCUGGAUGGAGACAUCUGGAGCCAGGUUUGGCAGCCUCAAGCCUGAGUCUCCCCACGUCUGUGCUACUAGUGCCUCUUAGUUUCUCUCUCUGUUUACUGCUGUUCAAGGAAGGGCUGUGGGCGGUGAGCCUGGAUGGGGGGCAGGAGGGGGCUCUGCCUGCCCCUUGCUCUCUGCCAGCAGCUGAGUAGAGGGUGAAGAACACAGUUUGCUAAAGAGAGGUCGAAGCAUCCUUGGACUGACUGUGCCUGGCAGGAGAGGUUGUGCCCCACUGAAUGAGGGGGCAAAUGAGGCUUUCAGGGAAGGUAAUUUGGAUUUCUUCCCCACUUCUCAGACUUCACUGUGAUACAAACUUGAACCAAUCAGUGCCCAAGAGGAAGGAAAAAUGCCUGACCCUUCUCCUACAGCCUUUCAAGACACACUGUCCUGUCUCUGACUUUGCCAAAUCAUUCGUGCUGGGCGUGUAUCUCUUGAACCUGUCCGGGGCUGUGCUCCGAGCUGGUCCCUCUGAGUGGCACACAUACAUGCCCUGGGACUUGGGAUGAGCUCUCCCUGCUGCACCCACGUCCUGCCAGCCAUGUGUUCCAUCUGUGAGUGAUCCUGGGACGCUGUCAAACCAACCCAAGAUACCAAAGGACACCGAGGACACAACAGCUGGACACCAAGGUGGCUCUGAUGCCCAUGUCUGUGGGAUGGGAUGUUCCCAUCCUCUCCAGGGUACCCGCACGGAGGGCAUGACUUCACACCCUGGGUUCCCAGCAGGUUCUGUAGAAUUCUUGCUUGACGUCCUGCUAAAAUACCACCGUGGCCCUACACAUGGGCCUGUAUCCAGAGCAUGGGGGAGGGUGUGCGACCGCAGUGCCUUAGGGCAGGCUGGCAGGCCUGCUUCUGCGGUGCUCCACGCCUGCUCCAACCCUGGCCCUGCAGCAGGGAGGGGCUCCCCGUGGCCGGCGUCAGGCUCAGCACUGCAGGGACAUUUCCCUGCUGUGCCAUCACUGUGGGGCUGAGCCAAGGCAGCCUCUGCGCGGCCGCAGGCAGCGGGGGGUCUGUUGUCAAGCCAACUGCAAAAAGCAAACCCCAAGGCAAAUCUGUCUGUGAAUAAAGGCUGUGUCAUAAAUAGCUUUUACUAUAAUUAUUUCUAAUGAUGUUUUAUAUGGUAUGUUUGAUGUGAGCUUUUCCAGGGGCCUCGUGUACAUUUGCAUAUCAGAGUAUAUUCUAUCCAAAUAUAAUAUUUACUCGUUCAGAGUGUGGUACUAAGGUAGCUGUGACACUUUAAAACAAAUGGAAAGUAAAAAGAAGGUGUGUACAGUGUACAUCUUUCCCUCUUACUGUUCCGUGCUGGUGUCUGUCAGGGUGAUGUCUGUCUGUAAAUGUCUCCUAUCACAGUAGCAAGAGACAAAUGAGAAGGCUGGAUUUAUCUGUAAAUAAUGACAGUGAGUACCCCCUGGGUCAGUGUCUGCCCCUCACAUCCUGCUAAUAAGAGAUGAUGGUCAAAAGACAACCGAGCGACCAAGUCUUAAGUUCCCCUGCUCCCACUGAGUGUGAUGCUAACUUCAGCUGCUGUGUUGGCUCUAUGGACCAGACCCAGCCACCUCCUGCUCCCCACAGCCAACCGAGAUGCCUGGAGCUGUGUAGCACCACACGAGGAGUCUGGAUCACCCCCUCAAAUCCAUAUGCACAAAAUUCCCAGCUAAACCCGAAUAGCAAUAAACGUAUAUUCCAAUGCUCAGGCCUGCA